AUUUUGGGUAAAUUCCUCUACCAAAAACUCCACUUCAAAGCCCAUAUAGAAACGGGGAGAUUAUCGGCGACGGAGAUUGAUCCGAACCUGCGAAAUUGCCAAAAUGCCGAAGAAAAUGGGAGUGAACAGCAAAGCCGAAGAGGCUAGGUCACGGAAGAGCGCCGUGGAAUCGGAACGCAAAGCGCGUGAAUCUCGAGAGAAAGAAGAACAGUACUGGCGCGAAGCUGAGGGAGCCAAGUCACGCGCCGCGAAGAAACGGGAAGAAGAAGCCGAGAAGCGAGCCGAGGCAGCUGCCAAAAAAGCCGAGGCGCGUCGGCUUGCCGAGCUGGAAGAGAAAGAGCUGGAGAAGUCAAUGAAGAAGCCGGAUAAGAAAGCUAAUCGAGUCGCCAUUCCGGUGCCAAAGGUGACGGAGGUGGAACUCCGGCGGAGAAAGGAGGAGGAGCAAGUGGCGUUAGCGAAGAAGGCGGAGGAGGACAAGCGGAAACAAAGCCGUAUGGCUGCGGAGGAAGAGUAUGAAAAACUGGUACUUGUGACAAAUACGAAUCGCGAUGAUUCGAUUGUAGAAGCCAGUACUGUGGAGGAUGCAAUUGCUCAUUUGGCUGUUACUGAUAAUUUGCCUGUCGAUAAGCAUCCCGAGAAGAGACUCAAAGCAUCCUUUAAGGCUUUUGAGGAAGUUGAGCUACGUAGGCUGAAGGAGGAGAAGCCAGGUUUGACGCACACUCAAUAUAAAGACUUGAUUUGGAAGCUAUGGAAGAAAUCUCCGGAUAAUCCUCUGAACCAGAUUGCAGACAAACCAUAAGUUCUUUUCCUGUAUAGGGCUGGAGUGUCUGCUUGAGGAGUAUGUUGGUGGUAUGUCAUCUGAUCUGACUUGAUGUUUGACAGUCUUCUGGCAAUAGACAUUUGCAAUGCAUGAUUCUAUUUGGUUGAAGUGAUGAUACUUCUUAAUUAAAUCACUUUAAUAAUGUCCCUUCUCCACUGUAACUGUCUACACCACAGGCCCAUGAUUUGUUUCUAAAUAUAAAGUAAAUAGUUUAUUCAACAAGCUGAAGCUUGUACCCUUUUGAGCAGCCAAAGGGAUGAAAGGAGAAAAAGUUGUCAAAUAAGUGUGUGUGUGUGUCUCUCCUUCCAUGGUUGUUAAUGACAAAGUUUAACAAAGCAAAAGGGCCAUAUACAACUAUUUAGUGUUUACAUACUCCUGAUUUAUAUGAUGUUUAUGUUACACUUGGACAUCAGAAUGCAAUGUUUACAACCAAAAGAGCAACAACAAUGAUAUUGAAUCAGUCGGUUAACAAUU